AGAGGCGACCCCUGCGAUAAUAGCUAAAAAUGACAACAUCUUCGGUACUCUGUAGGUUCAUGGAAAAGACAAAAUGACAUCCAGCCCGCGUAAAUUUAGUGAGAAAAUUGCCUUACAUGCUCAAAGGCAAGCUGAAGGAAAUGCUGCCUUUGAUAAAAUAAUGAAAGAUGUAUCCAAUAUAAACAGAGAACCUCCGGCGCCAAUGUAUAGUGUUCGUGGCGCAAUACAUCCACAGUUACAAUCAAAUGCAUUAGGUGGGUCACUACCAAACGUUGCAAUGAUGGAUGCUGGAGCGUUCCAGGAAUGUUGUUUUCUCCAGAGUUGAAUUUGGUCACUUAGUAGCAGUGUGUACAGCAUG